UGCAUCAGCCAGCUGUUGGAUUAUUGCCACGGCACUAUCUCAUCGGGGAAGGCGUGUCAGUCCCCGAAUUACUCAGCGCCCCUUUGUCCUCGUUCGGUGGCCAGCCAGCGACACUCAUGGCGGCUGCACCCGUCAGGCAGCGCUCCGGACCAGGGGGGCAGCGGGCACAGCUCCCGCCCUGUUACUACGAAGGGUACCUGGAGAAGCGAGGACCGAAAGAAAAGGCAUCCAGGCGGCUGUGGACGUGCCUGUGUGGGAAUUCUUUGUAUUUCUUCAACAACGCCAAGGACACUCAUUAUGUGGAGAAGCUGGACCUCAGCGGCUUUGUGUCCCUGAAGGACGACUGCAGCCGGGACAGAAACCUAGAGGCAGCUAGGCUCAUCCUCCAAAUGAAGGAUGGAGAGACCAAACUCACAGCACCAAACUUGGAAUCACGGGAGCUGUGGAAAGGAUUCCUCUACUCUGUUAUAGAUCUGAAUGUACCAUCCUAUCUCACACUGCUGCCGGGGCAGCUACAAAUGCUACAGGAGGUGGUGGACAAAGAAAGAGCCAGGCGGAGAAGUCGCAAUCCUGCACGAGCUCCUCCUUCGCCUCUCUCCGUUCCUUUAGUAGGAGAGAUCCCACCAUGUUUUCGGCCUGUGUCCCGGACGGAGGCUGAAGUCCUUUUAGAGAGACACCCAGACUGUGGCAACAUGUUGCUUCGUCCAGGCAGAGACGGAUGCUCGUUGGCCGUUACUACUCGACAGGAUCUCAACGGGUCAGUUUUCAGACAUUACAGAGUCACACAGAGGGACCAAGGUGGUUAUGUCAUUGAUGUUGAAAAUCCUAUCCCCUGUGCCACUCUUCAUGAGGUCAUUGAUGCACUAGUAGAGAAAACAGCAGGAACUCUUCAGCCUUUCCUACUCGAGGAGCCUUAUGAGGAGAAUAUAACAUAUGUUUCUGCCAAUGAUGAGAACGGAGAGAGGAUCCUCCACACUGCCCCCUCAAGCCCCCUGCCUAGGGCCCCUGCCCUUCCUCCAAAACAAGAUCGUUGGUCCUCCAGCAGUCCCCUGUCCAGGUCCCCCGCCCCAGACCGUCGCAUUCUGACCUCACCAGUCCCGGCCUCGCCCAGCAACCCGAUGAGACGACUCAUCCUCUCCCCUUCACCUCUCACACAGACGCUCAAUGAGGAGCUGAAAAUGAAGCUGGAGAAGAGACGAGCGAGUCAGGAGUGACUUUUACUGAUUGGGAGGGACUUCCUGUCACAGCAUACUCAAUCUUCGGUGCCAAACCUACUCUCACUGCAGCUACGUGCUCAUCCUGUGCCUUCAAUGUGGAAGACAAGGGACUACAGAACCACUACUUUCUCUUGGAGAAACUUAAAACUGUGUAUGUUUAUUUCAGUAUUUAUGUUGUUAGAUUUGACAUGAGUUAACUGACUCUGGCUAGCUCCCUAAGAGCAAGACCGACUGGUUAUCACCGAUUACUUUCAUGCAAUCUCUCAAAAUGCUGCCCGCCCUGGUUGGCUGAUGACCCACUUGCGCGUUAUCCAGUUGCAUAAUAUUGUUUACAACCUGCCUCCGAGCAAAAAUACAGUCCACAAGAACUAUGAAUCACUCACAGAAGGACUGGCACAUAUCGGACUUCCAGUUGAGCCUCAUGUUUUCCUGUUUGAGCCAAAAAAACAAACAAAUAAAUGAAAAAAUACUGGGUGCUAAACUGCUGCUACAACACUGGAAACCACUUAAAAAACAACAUGUAGACUGCCAUGAUCAACUCCAAUGCAACAAACUCUGACAUGAGACAAAUCCAGGCAUGCUCAGCUCCUUGAGUCACCUCAGUCACAUCACUACAUGUAGCAUGACUGGAAUAAUAACAAUACAACUUAGUUGCACACUCUCUGCCUGCCUGCUCCGAGUCCUACAUCUGACUGAUAAGCAACCAUUAACACUGCUGUUGAUACAAUGUAGCUCAUUUACAGCUCAACUUUAACUGUGUUGUGCGUGUUUCCUUAUUCUCUUCUCUUGUGUACGUGCUAUUGUAUGGUGCUAUGAUUGACCAGACCUGCCUGGAAA